AUGGCAGAAGAUGAAAGCAGAACGCUUGAAGUAACACCAACAUGGGCAGUGGCUACUGUCACUUUCAGUUUAAUCGCAGUUUCAAUUCUCAUCGAGCAUGUUCUCCAUCUAUUAGCAAAGUACUUCAACAAGAAACGAAGGAAACCUUUGAUCAAAGCACUUGACCGGAUUAAAUCAGAGAUGAUGAGAUUAGGAUUCUUAUCGUUGUUGCUGAUUGUGUGUGAGGAGUCUGUCGCUAAUAUCUGUAUCCCAAAGAGCGCUGGAAAAAACUUUCUACCUUGUAAAGAUAAUGAAUCUGAUGCCGAAGAGGCAGCCAAAUGUGCAGAUCAGGGGAAGAUAUCUUUGAUUUCAAGAAAUGGAGUACAACAACUUCAGUUCUUAAUAUCGAUUCUGGCAAUCUCCCAUGUCAUUUCUAGCAUCCUAACAUUCAGUCUUGGUAUGCUUAAGAUGAGAAAUUGGGAGGCUUGGGAGGAAAUAACAAGAACAUUGGAAUACAAAUAUUCAAACGAUCCACGAAGGUUCCGAUUUGUUCAUCAAACAUCAUUUGGAAAGCGACAUCUAAGGUUUUGGAGCGGACUCAGGUUGUUUCGUUUGCCGGCUAGUUUUCUUCGACAGUUCUAUGGAUCUGUCUCCAAAGUGGAUUAUUUCAUCCUUCGACAUGGAUUCAUUAUGGCUCAUUUUGAUGAAGAAACCACUUUUGAUUUCCAGAAGUACUUGCGAAGAGCAUUAGAAAAAGAUUUUGGCGUAGUUGUAGGAGUAAGCCCUUGGAUUUGGGUUUUCUCAAUGCUGUUCAUUUUCUUGAGUACUGAUGAAUUUAAAUACUCUUAUUGGCUUCCUUUGAUGCCUUUAGUGGUAUUGUUGGUGGUUGGGACAAAAGUCCAAGGCAUUGUAACAAAGUUGUGCUUGGAUAGAAAUGAUAAAUCCCUUGUUAUUAAAGGAACUUUAGUGAUUAAGCCCAAUAAUAACUUCUUCUGGUUUAAAACUCCAAAACUACUUCUCCAUCUUAUUCACUUCACUUUAGUUCAGAAUUCUUUUCAAUUGGCAUUCUUUGUUUGGACUUGGCAUAAAUUUGGACUGAAGUCAUGCUUCCAUCGAGAAACUUCGGGAAUUGUCAUACAUAUUGGUAGUGGGGUUGUGGUUCAGUUGCUUUGUGGGUAUGUAACGUUGCCACUUUAUGCAUUGGUUACUCAGAUGGGAACAUCAAUGAGGAAAGCUCAUGUUUUCCCACAGGAAGUGAUACGAGGACUCCAAAGAUGGCAAAAGAAAGCAAAGGCAAACAUAGCUCAAAGAGACAAGACUUCCUUUAAGUCUUCAACUGCCAUUGGUGGUUCCUUAUCACUGGGGUUCUAUGGAGAAUUUGAUGAAAUCACAGUAGUGGAUGAAGAUGAUGAGGAUGUUUCCAUGGAGAUCCAACCUGAUAGUUUUCAUUUUAGCCAUCAUUCACAAUGA